AUGAAGUCUUCAAUGAUUUUUUGCUUGUUAAUAUCAUCCCUGGUGGCCGUGAGCAUCAGUCGACCCACGGCUCCCGAAGACAGGAUACGAAUCAUUGCUCGAACCACCAUCAGCCGAAUUAAAAAAAUCAAAGAUGAGCACUUCCAGAUGUCUCCAGAGAUUGAUUUCGGCCCUGACAUCGACAACCCCAUUGAUGGUCUCAGUUCUGUCUUGAGUUACUUGAGUUACCUGCAGUUGCGGUUGCAUGUUCCUCCAGCUCAGCACCUACAGCAGGUCCAGAUAGACUUAGAGACUCUCCUGAGGACACUGGAGGAACUGGCCGUCUCACAGGGAUGCCCUCUACCCAAUCCCGAGACCCCGGUGCAUAAAGAAGAAACAGCCUUCCCCGUCACCUCCAACUACCUGCACCUCCUGGAGCUCCAGAGGUUCCUGGAGAAGCUCUGCCUCAACAUAGACAAACUGAAAUACUGCAAAGAUACAGAUGUGGCUGAGACAUUCAUUCUCUGAAAUGUGUAAGCCAUGCAUUGUUACUUCUAUGCAUCACUUUUAAAACACAAUGGCACAUGCAAGGACUAGUUCUCUAAAUUAUUUAACUUAUUUCACUUGUUUAGUUCUC